AUGACAAGACGAACAGCACGCACCCGAACCAACAAGUCGUAUCGUGUUGAAGAACCUCUCCCAGUUGAGGAACCAGAAGAUUUUCUUCAUUUCUUAGAUCAACAAGCUCACCAACUAUUACAAACUUUUCAAGUCUCGGAACAAACCGAUUCGUCCCAUUCAUCAUCAUCAUCCAAUAAUAUUUUAAUUCUUGAUGAAGAUACCAUAUCUGAAGAGUUUCAUGUCAUUUCAAAUUUACCAUCAUGGAAACAUUUAAAUACGUAUCAAUUUUCAAGAUAUUAUUUUGUAUAUCAACCACACGACAUGUUCAGCAAUCAUAUUUUUAAAUGCCAAACGUUGAAAGGCCACGUCGAAGGCUUGAAUGAUCCGAUUGGUAACAUUUUAUUGGGAGGAGAGGAUAUCGAUUUUAGUCCAAUUGUUUCAACUUGUAGUUUGAAUCGAUUGUUUGUCUCUACAAAGUUCAGUGAAAAUGGAAAUGAGGCUUAUUUUACGCGAUUGAAGGAUUUGAAUGUGAUGGAUCAAUUGUGUGAAGAAGAUCAUGUGGUGGACAUGUGUUUUGGAAGUGUUCAUACAUUGUUAUGCACGAGAAGAGGAAGAGUUUUUGGAUUUGGAAACAAUCAAUUUGGUCAAUUAGGGCUUGGUAAUGAAAUGUACAUUACUAAACCAAGAGAAAUUAUCAUGUUGGAUGAACAUGAAAAACAAGUGAGCGUUCGCCAUAUUUAUGCAUGUCACAACACAUCGUUUUUUGUUUGUCAAAAUAACAAGCUCUACUGGACUGGAAAUUCCAGGCAAAAAACCGUUCAACAAGCCAAUACUAAAUUCUCUUCUAAAAUCAAACAAAUUAGUGGAACGGAUCAAACGAUUGCUAUUGUGUGUGAGAAUGGAGAUUUUUAUUUGAGUCCAACAGCAUUUGGUUCCUUUGAGUUGCAUUCUUUACCAUACAAGGUAUUGCAAUGUGCAACAUUUAGCGACAAGAUUGUCAUUUUGACAGACAACCAUCAACUGUUUUCUGUAGAUCCAGCUUAUGAAAUUUUGACACGAAUUAGACUUGAAUUACCGCUCUUUGAACAUGUCGAGAGUGUUCGAGCAUCGCGCAGCCAUUGCUUCUUCUUGACUUCUAAUCGAGAAAUUUAUUGUGCCAAGUCGAGUUUGCAACCUGUUCGACUGAUUAUGGCCCCACCUCUUCCGCCACAUUUCAAAUGGUUUUUAUCCACUCAAAAUUCAAGUGAUUUUUUUUGUGUGUUUGUGAAAAAGUAUUCACAUUUGAAGAGACAGAAUUGGUUUUUUGGAAAUUUAUUAGCCUCCAUUAGGCAAAACAAUCCAGUUCAUAAUUAUUGUGACAUUUUGAUCGAGAGUUUUUAA